AGGCGCGCGCACACACACACACACUUAUGCACACACAGACACAGCAUAUCAAUUAUACGUCACAUAGUAUAGACACCUCGAGCACACACUUACAUCCAUUUACAUGCACAUUAAGCGCACACUCAGUCACCUGUCUUCAGGCACACGCAGCUGCACACACACACACACACACACAAAGGGGAACUGAGAACUGAGGGUCGAAAGUGCGCAUCCCAGUCACACGCACAUACAGCAUUCAUUUAUACACACGCACAUACACACACACACACACACCAGAGCUCUCCCACACACAUUUAGUUCUGUCAUCAUGCGCUCCUCUUUAGUUUUGCUGCUGUUGGCUCUUUGGGGCUCAGCGUACUGCGUUCAAUACAGCGCUGAUUUCAACAUGGCCGGUGUCAUGGGCUCAGUGCAGUUCAAUUCCACGUCAGGGGAAGCAAUGGUCAACCUCACCGGCACAGGCAUGUGUGACGCUCUCAACCUCUCCCUGUCCGUGUUCCCAGUGAUGUAUGGCACCUUUCAGCAGUCUUGCCUGGAGGCUCACAUUGGCAAAAGUGUCUUUGAAUUCUCCAUCAGCUCACCUGUCUCGACAGUCAAUAUAUCUAGCUUGUUCACCCAGAUGUCGAGCCUCGACGCUCUGUCCCUGACAGUGACGACGUGCAAUGGAACAAAGUCGUGCGCCGUUGUCAGAAGAGAGGAACAGGUGAAAACCUGGCGGGCUCGGUUCUUCACCCCCGUGGCAGGUGACGUCUACUUUCGGCAAAUCACAGGAGAGGAAGGAGCCACGGUCCUUGCAGACGUGUACUACGUCCAACAAAGUGCAGCCUCCCUUACUAACGCGAAUGUGCUAACGUCGGCUAGCUCCGCAGCUAACUGCGAGGCGCUCCUAAGCAGUGCUGACCUUGCAGGUCAGACGACGACACUCGGAGGGCUAAGCAUCGGCUCUCCCGUCACACCCGCCAAGUCCCGUCUUCUCGUCUCAAGUUUCGAUAGCAGCGCAGUGCGCUACGUCCUCCUGCACAUGAACCCCACCAACAACACUGUGUGUGCCCAGAUCCGCCGCCUGGAGGAGAAGGUUGUCAGGUCGCGCGUUGACAUGAGAGGGAUCAAGGGUGUCUUCACGUUCAGACAGGCAUGUCCUUUCCACACCACCAUGAUCACAGUGAACCUGACCAACCUGAGAAACCUGGUGGGGCCGUACCACGUUCACCACUAUCCCCUCCCGGAGACAAGGUCUCCCCCUCAGAGCCGAUGCAUGAACGACAACAUCGGCGGUCACUGGAACCCUUUUGGUGUCAAUGUCUCAAGCUCUGCAUACCCUUCGGGACCUGGCUCCACCCACGACCUGUACGAAGUGGGAGAUCUCAGCAGUAAACAUGGUUUCCUGUCAGGUUUGACGGAAUUUGUAGGUUCCUUUAUGGAUUGGAAUUUUCCGCUCUUUGGGCAGAACAGCAUCGUAGGCCGGUCCAUGGUUAUCCACGAGCCCGGCGGUGCCAGGUAUGUCUGCAGCAGCAUCGGCUACCCUGGCGCCGUGACUGUUGGAAGGGCCGUCUUCCAGUUCCCUGUGGUGGGCACCGCCCUGCUCACCCAGCUGACCAGCGACCCCGACUCGGACGUGUCGAUAUUCCUGGACCUUUCCUACGGGGCGAAUUCAACUACAGCCACCAAGGGCCACAACUGGCACGUCCACAUGUACUCAAUCAGCUCGGAAACGGAUGACGACCGCAUGCGAUGUGGCACAACAGGUGGUCACUGGAACCCCUUCAGUGUGAACGUGACUGAUGGCAAUUAUGCGACUAACUGCAGACCAGGGAGCCCAUUCGCCUGUGAGAUUGGGGACUUCUCGUCCAAGCUCCGGACUCUGAACCUUGGGCCUGUUGCGGGCGCGCUGGCAACAAAAAGCUUUUUCACUGACUCCACUUUCUUGCUGUCUAAGGCCAUCGGCCGCUCAAUAGUCAUCCACGCAGAGAAUCGCGGUGGCCCCAGGAUUGCCUGUGCCAACCUGACCCAACUGAGCUUCCCAUCCGCGACCACUGGAACCUGGCUUGGGCGUGGUAUCUCGACCGGCAGAGUCCGCUUCUCCCAAGACUCCCCGCAGGGACUGACCAAUGUCGCAGUCUCCCUGUCCAACCUGGGGGAAAUUGUGGGGGGCUACCACGUCCACAUACUGCCCAUUCUGAGUGGAAGGGAGCCCUGCUCCAACGACAACAUCAUGGGUCACUUCAACCCUUUCAACAUAAACACGUCCACCGACCCAGAGCCGACCGUGGGCACCACAGACGAGUAUGAGGUUGGGGACAUGGGUGGGAAGUUUGGAACACUGAGAGGCCUGGCGGAGCUGCAAGACAACUUCAUGGACAGUAACAUGCCACUGUCGGGACAAAACAGUAUCGUCGGCCGGUCUGUGGUUCUCCACCAGCUCGACGGAUCAAGGUUGCAGUGUUCAGACAUCUCAGCGGAGAGGAUCAACAGGGCCGAGUGGGUGACAGCGAGCGCCAGCUUCAGUGGCACUGUCUCCGGAACCAUCACUCUGUCUCAACAGAGCUUUCCUGAUGGCAGCUACAGUGACACCAUACUGGAAGUAAACCUGCAAAUAAACUCCACAAAUAGCACACAGGCCUACUGGUUUUUGACUGAGAAUCGAGUCGGUGACAACGACACUGCCUGCAAUGGUGCAGGAGCCACGUACAAUCCCUUCAAUGUGACAGAGGCGAGUUCCACCUGUUCUGCAGACAGUCCCCUGAACUGUGAGGUUGGAGAUCUGACCGCCAGGCAUGGCACAGUCGACCUGACCAAGAGACAACUGUUCAUUGACAGUACGCUGCAGAUGGCUGGGGAUUUCACAGUCAUCCAGAGGUCACUGGUCCUCAGUCAGGGAAACGAUGUCAUCGCCUGUGCCGCGCUUCUCCCACAGUCGCCGUCUGCUCAGCAGCUCUUCCCCAGCGUGUCGUCUUUCAGCAGGUUUGACUUCCGUAACCGAGUGUCGAAUGUCCUCAACGUGAGCAUCUCGAGGAUCACCCUCCUGCCUGGGCCUCUCUCCACAGACCGGACCGAUGGCUGUCAGCAGGUCACCUUCAUGGUGUCAGGUAAUGUGAGUUCCAGUGCACUGAGCUCAGUCAGAUCAAGUGCACUGAUGGGCCAGUUCCAGGAGUCCAACACCAUCUGCGACAGAGAUGCCACACCCAACACAGCACCCACCACAGCCAACACAACUCCUUCAAGUUCCAGUUCUCACGGCCUGUGGGCUGGUGAGGCAGCCCUGGCCAUCACACUAACUGCCACCAUGUUCCUUCAACUGUGGUUGCAACAUUAAGUUAUGUACCUGCAAAGGCUGUCAACCUUGAAGUAUCACCAGGGACUGUGCCAAGCAUCACUCUUGGCUGUCACUGUCAUUGUCAUCCUCACAAUGUAAUGCCAAGUAUACAGUCACAAGGAACAUACUUUGUUUUUCCAGUGUGCCUGACUUUUUUUUAUUCCAACAGAAUAACAAAAUACUUUGGCAAUAUAACUUCCUUACAAAACAACACAGAAAACUAUUCGGAGAAUUUUGGAGGCUUUUGAUCAUGAGAUCUAUGAUCUAUGUCUAUGAUAUCUAUGAUAUGUCUGUAUAGGCCAGGUUUUCAGUAAAUGCUCCUCCUAAACAUCCUGUUCACACACAUGUACAUUCAUCUUCAACUUAUCUUCAUCUUAAAACUGGGGAAUGUAAACUAAGCACUAUUUUAUAUUUUCUGUUCAGAUAUAUACAAAAAAUGUUAAGUAUCUUUUAACUACUGUCUGUCUACUUACAUGUCCACUUGCUGCAUGGUUUGUUGUUUUUAUUGGGGUAGUUUCUUGGUCUUAUCUCUUUCUUGGUCUUAUCUCUUUUUGAAAAACAGCAGCAUAGUUGUAGUCUACUGUUUUGUAAAUCAAAAUCAAACAGAAAAUCAAUUUCUACUAUGUACUUUUGAUGUUUAAUUACUUUAGUUAAAAUGAGAAGUCUACUUAUUUGAGGUUUAUUUGAGGUUGAUCUGCUUUACAAUUAAUUUUAUGCAUUAAUGACAACAAAAAGCACUGGUAUGUCCUCUUUGUAAGACACUUCAUGAACAAUGAUGCCCUGUGUCUGUAGAUGUGAACAAUGCAAAUAGCCAAAGCUGUGACCAAAAUAUCAUUUGUGACCCAAUCUGACAAAAUGAGUCACAUUCUAAUUUUGACAUAUAGGCCGAUUAGGCCUACUUCAAAAACCAUUGAAAAAAUACCAAAAACCAAUAAAUAAAUAUAUAGUCAAAAUAAGAAUAAAGCAUUAUUCAAGUUUCAUAUCAUUGGUCUCAUAUAAUUUUAAAGCUCUAUGUGACUUAUUUUGCCUGAUCGGGUUACAUUUGUACAUUUGUAUAUUUCUUGUUUUCUGUCAUCAUGCUUUGUGUGGAAUGUAUUAUAUUUGAAGUGCACUAUUUCUUGCAUCAAUUGACAAUGUGAAUGUAGAUUUCAUUUUCACAGUGCAUUAAAGGAAACUAUUCAUUGUA